AUGGUAUUAUCAUCAGUAAAAGACAUUUAUGAAGACAUAACCCAUCAACCUUCACCUCCUUUAACUACAACGAUAGAAACAUCUCCUUCAUCGUUUACACAACCUGAGGUUCCUAUUCUACCAUCCGGUGAUACAGAUAUUUCUAGUGUAACGUUAGCAGUAACAUCAAUGGCAAUUGAUGAUACUAUCAAUAUUCUUCUUUUGGGUGAAACAGGUGUUGGAAAAUCAACUUUCAUUAAUGCUUUUGCUAACUAUCUUACAUUUAACACACUUGAAGAAGCUGAGAUAGGUCAACGAGUUGUACUUAUACCUGUUUCAUUUAUGAUCACGAUGGGUGAUAAUUUUGAAGAACAUAUUGUUAAAUUUGGUGAUAUUGAUGAUUUAAAUAAUGAAGAUUUUAAUCAUCCUGGUCAAUCUGUCACACAACAUUGUAAAUCUUAUAUAUUUAAUCUAAAUGAUUCUGAUCGAAGAAAGCUUCGUAUUAUUGAUACACCUGGUUUUGGUGAUACACGAGGUAUUGAACAAGAUGAUCGUAAUAUGGAACAUAUUUUAGAAUAUCUAAGCAAUUUUACUCAUUUAAAUGCAAUUUGUUUUCUCUUCAAACCAAAUGAAUCAAAAUUGAAUAUCUAUUAUCGAUUAUGUUUUACUCGAUUAUUCUCUCUUUUACAUCAAAAUAAUGUUAAUAACGUUAUCUUUUGUUUUACCAAUAGUCGAUCGACAUUUUAUACUCCUGGAGAUUCGGGUCCAAUACUUAAAAGGAUGCUUACUUCUCUUUCAAUUAGUGGUGUUCCAUUCAAUAAAAAGAAUACAUUUUGUUUUGAUAGUGAAUCAUUUCGUUAUUUGGUUGCUCUACAGAAUGGAAUUCAGUUCAGUGAUUUAGACAAACAAGAAUAUGUAAUGAGUUGGAUUAAGUCAGUAAUUGAUGCAAAACGACUUAUUCAAUAUAUCUGCAAAGAACUUACUGAUCGUUGUAUACAACAAGAAUAA